AUGUUUCGCAUGCCAAAUCCGUACGAAGAUCUGGUGGCAAAGGCCACCGCCGAGUCUCUCACCGCCGAGGACUGGCAGCUAAAUUUAGAACUGUGCGAUAAGCUUUCGGACAAUGACGAGCAAAAUGCGCGGCUCAUGGUAUCUGCGAUUCAGCGCCGCAUUGCAGAUAAGAAUACAAAUGCACAACUCUACGCACUGACACUGUCGGACACGCUAUCGAAGAACUGCGGUGAUGCUGUGCAUCAUGAAAUUGCGUCGCGCGCAUUUAUGCAGACGGUAUCGAAACGCGUCUUGGAUCCAACGACCCAUGCACUGGUCAAGAAGCGGAUCCUUGUUUUGCUGCGCUCGUGGGCCGACGAGUACAAGCACGACGACACACUUGGCUUGGUAGCCGAUACAGUGCGCGAACUGCGCGAGGAAUAUUACGACCUGGACGACGACGAGAUCCCGACAUCCCAUGCCGCGGACGAGGAGCAAAUGCGGCGCGAAGAGGAUGAACUCCAGCGUGUACUGGCAUUGUCUGUACAGGACCAGGGCAGGAGGAGCGCAUGGAGUACGCGCGACGCUGAUGCAGGAGGGAGUAGCGCACAGUCCAUGCCAACUGCCGCGUCAAGCUCCUCAGCGCCUGCGAUGCCGCAGCUGGAGCCUGUCACACCAUUGCAUUUCGCCAACUCGAGUGUGCAAGCGGAUCGCAAUGCAUCCGAACAACCGCAGCCUGUUGCACCGACUCAGGCGCGGCCGUCCUACGUGCGUGCACUAUACGACUUUGAGCCGGACGAGCCCGGCGAGCUUGCAUUUUCCACCGGAGACGUGAUCCGCGUCCUGGACAGUGUCUAUGAACAGUGGUGGCGUGGCGAGGCCCGGCACGAGGUUGGUAUUUUCCCGGCCAAUUACGUCGAAGCGCUUCCUGAGGCGUCAGAAGAGGCCAUCCAGCGGGACAUUGAGAUGGAGCAGAUUGUGUUCCAAGAGGCUGACACGAUUCACCAGCUUCACGCGCGACUCCAGCAGCUGGAUCCCCUGCGCGAUAAUUUCGUCGAGGACGACGAGCUGCAGGCGCUGUACCAACGCUCGCUUGCGCUUAGGCCCAAGAUUAUUCGAAUGAUUGACCGGUACAAUACAAAAGUGAAUGAUUUGCGCGGCAUGAAUGACAAAUUCUUCCGUGCGCGCACCAUGUUUGAAGAGCUCAUUGCGAAGCGUAUGGAGCAGAUUUAUCCUGCGGCUCGCACGGGUGCCGCGGCCAAUGCACCUCCUGCAGAGCCACUCGACACGCCGCGUGCUAACUAUACUCCGUUAUCGGACACGACGCAACCCUCGGCGCCUAGCUAUCCCUCUGGGGAAGGGCACUCUGCAACGCCUGACUUGGGGCCUCUGCCCGCAGAAGAAGAAAAGCGGCGCUUGUUUGAGCGUGCAAGAGCCGAGGUAGAAGAGUACCAGCGCAUGUACCAGCAAGCGGCGCCCAGCAGUCAUGGCGAAAGUGCAGCACAGAGUCUCGCAGGCCUGCACAUUGAAUAG